GACUUCCUCGUGCUCAACGCGGGCAGGACGCACGCGGGCGACAAGAACGCCGACGACUCGGCCUGGCUCGCGGAGAGCGGGCAGAGCAAGAUCUUCACCAUCAACUACCUUGGGCACUUCCUGAUGGCCCUUCUCCUCGCGCCGGCCCUGACGCCAGGCACGCUGGUGCUCGUGAUGUCCAGCGUGGAGCAGUGGUGGUACGACCCGCGCCGCCUCACGUCUCCGCCGCGCACGCUGGCGAGCGAGCACGAGGGGAGGUUUGCCAUCUACGGGCUCGGCAUGUACCAGCGGAGCAAGCUCGCCCUCCGCUGCUUCGCGCUGUCGCUGAGGCCAAGGGCAGCCAGGCGCAGCGUCAGGGUGCAGGGCCUCACUCCGGGGCAGGUGAACACCGCCAUGCUGGUCAGCGCGCUGUCAAAGCGGCCCGAGCUGAACAAGUCCGUGCCGGUGG